AUGGCAGCAGAUAAUAAUCUAACAGCCAUGGUCGAAAGAAUCAUGGCGCGAAAUGAGGUAGAUGUUGGCCUCCACAAGCCAAAUUACACAUCACAUUUAUCUCAGUAUGUUCGGCAAUUGGAAUUACCCGCUAGAAGGAAAGUCCCUAAGUUCACUAAGUUCUUUGGGGACACUAGUGAAUCCACUAUAGAACACGUGGCCAGAUACCUCAUAGAGGCAGGGGAAAUUGCAAAUAAUGAGAGUCUUAGGAUAAAAUAUUUCCCAAGCUCCCUUACAAGGAAAGCCUUCAUAUGGUUCACCAUAUUACCAGCAAAUUCCAUUGAUACUUGGAAUCGUUUGGAGAGAUUGUUCCAUGAGAAAUUCUACAUGGGACAGUCGAAGAUAAGUCUGAAAGAAUUGGCCAGCAUCAAACAAAAGUUUACUGAGUCAAUAGAUGAUUACCUAAAUAGGUUUCAUUUGCUUAAGGUGAGAUGUUUUACGCAAGUUCCUGAGCACGAGUUGGUCGAAAUGGUCGCUGGUGGCCUUGAUUACUCUAUCAGGAAAAAAUUGGAUACCCAAUACCUGAAAGACAUUGCCCAAUUGGUUGAUAGAGUUCGACAGGUAGAACAUUUAAAGGCUGAGAAAGCCAGAGCAAACAAAAAUAAUAGGAAAGAUAGAAUAACUUAUGUCGAAUUAGGUGAUGACGAACCUGAAACGUAUGGUGAUCAGGUAGAUUUCGACAAAAGCGAGAUUGACCUUGCUGAACUAAAGCAAGGACCACCUUAUUCUUGCAAAGUCUUAGCCCCUUCGAAUGGUAAGAAUCCAAUUGAACCUGAUAAGAGUGAUAGGUUUCCUAAUAAAACUUAUACCUUCGACGUCACCAAAUGUGACGAAAUCUUCGACUUGCUUGUCAAAGACGGCCAAAUGAUAGUGCCUCAUGGCACUAAAAGGUCUCCUCUAAAACAAAGAAAAAAGAGGGGUUCUUGUAUGUACCAUAAUUUUUUGGGCCAUAAAACUUCACAAUGUUUUCUUUUCAGGGAGCUUGUGCAAAGUACUAUUAGAGACGAAAGACUCAAGUUUGGAGACAAAUUAAAGGCUCCAAUAAGGAUUGAUUCAGACUCUCUUCAGAUCGUUGAUGCUCACUACACUGAACUAUCCAUGUUCAACAUGGUGGAGAUAUCUGAAGAUUCUAGAAAGAAUGUUGAGAUGGUCAAAGUUGCUGAUGACGUCAACCAGGAAACUGCUGAAGGCUUCACCAACGAGACUGUUGAGGGUUUCGUUCAGCAAGUCACUGAAGGAUAUAAUAAAGGGAUCACUGUGUUGGUGUAA